AUGAACCGCACGGCCCUGGACGACGUGAUCCGGCGUCUCCUUGAGGCACGGCGGCCGCGUCAAGGGAAGCAAGCGCAGCAGGUGCAGCUCACGGAGGGGGAGAUCCGGCAGCUCUGCGCCGCCUCCAAGGACGUCUUCAUGCGCCAGCCCAACCUCCUGGAGCUCGAUGCCCCCAUCAAGAUCGCCGGUGACAUCCAUGGGCAGUACCCCGACCUGCUCCGCCUCUUCGACCUCUGCGGCUACCCGCCGCGGCACAGCUACCUGUUCAUGGGCGACUACGUGGAUCGCGGCAAGCAGAGCAUCGAGACAAUCUGCCUCCUGCUCGCCUACAAGAUCCGGUACCCGGAGCACUUGUUCCUCCUCCGGGGCAACCACGAGUGCGCCUCCAUCAACCGCGUCUACGGCUUCUACGACGAGUGCAAGCGCCGCUACUCCGUCCGCCUCUGGCGCAACUUCUCCGACUGCUUCACCUGCCUCCCCGCCGCCGCCGUCGUCGACGCGCGCAUCCUCUGCAUGCACGGCGGCCUCUCCCCGGACCUCCGCCACCUCCAGGACAUCGCCCGCCUGCCCAGGCCCGUGGACGUGCCCGACUCCGGCCUCCUGUGCGACCUGCUCUGGUCCGAUCCUUCCUCCUCCGGCCACGGUGGGUGGGGGCCCAACGACCGGGGCGUGUCCUACACCUUCGGGGCGGACGUGGUCGAGGCGUUCGUGGAGAGGCACGACCUGGACCUCGUGUGCCGGGCGCACCAGGUGGUGGAGGAUGGCUACGAGUUCUUCUCCGGGAGGAGGAUGGUCACCGUCUUCUCCGCGCCCAACUACUGCGGCGAGUUCGACAACGCCGGCGCCGUCAUGUGCGUCGACGACGACCUCACAUGCUCCUUUCAGAUACUCAAGCCCACGGAUACCAAGAACCGCCGCUUCUCCUUCGGCUUCGGAUCAUCAACAACCGCCCCCUCCAAUAACCGAGGGAUCCGAUCACCGUGGUGCUAAUUAACAUGCUUAACAAUAUAUGACCCAAACA